AUGACGUUUGAAAUUCGGCAAGCAGGCCCUAUCCCUUCAACCACUGAAUACUACAACCUCGGAUCAUUCAAGCAGGAGAUCAGCACCAAGAGCAAAGAUGCACAAGUGUGGUUCAACCGUGGUUUAACAUGGGUCUAUGCAUUCAACCACGCAGAAGCGGCCGCUUGCUUCGAGCAGGCUAUAGCACACGACCAUUCUUGUGCAAUGGCCUAUUGGGGGCUGGCAUUCGCCUUGGGCCCAAACUACAACAAACCCUGGGAGAUUUUUGAUGAGAAUGACCUCAAAAUAACGGUGGAGCGGACAUAUAAAGCCUCCAGACAAGCAAAAGAAAACGCCGCCAGUGCGACGCCACUCGAGCAGGCGCUCAUCGAUGCUAUCCAAUCUCGCUUUCAGCCUGACUACCUAGUCAAGGAUUACUCCGCCCAAAACCGAGCUUACGCGGACGCGAUGGAAUCAGUCUAUAAACAGCAUCCGGAUAGUGUUGACGUAGCCACUCUCUAUGCUGACGCAAUGAUGAAUCUGACCCCAUGGAAUCUGUGGGAUCUUCACACCGGAAAUCCGGGCCCGGGCGCUCGCACCUUGAAGAUCAAGAGCGUCCUCGAGCGGGCCUUGGAACAGGAUGGUGCAUUGAAACACCCAGGCCUUUUGCACAUGUACAUCCACUAUAUUGAGAUGUCUCCGAACCCAGAACUUGGAUUGAACGCGGCAGAUCAUUUACGCGACUUGAUACCCGAUGCUGGUCAUCUCCAUCACAUGCCUUCGCACUUGGAUGUUCUCAUAGGUGAUUAUCGGCGCGCAAUUGCCUCCAACUACAACUCCACCAUUGCAGAUGAUAAGUUUCUAAGCCGGUCGGGUGGGAAUAAUUUCUAUACCUUUUACCGGCUUCACGAUUUUCACUCCUUGAUUUAUGCGGCAAUGUUUGCGGGUCAGUCUAAGAUCGCGCUUCAGACUGUAGCCCGGAUGGAGGCAUCUUGUCCCGAGGAAUUGUUGCGUGUCUCGUCACCUCCUAUGGCGGAUUGGCUUGAGAGUUUCAUGUCGGUCCGUUCUCAUGUCAUGGUUCGCUUUGGACUGUGGCAAGAUAUUAUCAAGAUGGAGUUCCCUAUUGAUCGUCAGUUGUACUGCGUCACUACGGCAAUGCUUCAUUACGCAAAGGGUGUAGCAUAUGCCGCAACCAGUAACGUUCAGGAGGCGGAGAAAGAGCGAACUCUAUUCAAAUCUGCCGUUGAGCGCGUUCCGGCCUCUCGCCAGGCUUUUCCCAACAAAUGUGUUGAUAUUUUGGCUGUAGGUACUGCUAUGUUAGAUGGAGAAAUCGAGUACCGCCGCGGAAACUACAAGCAAGCUUUUGAAAGCCUUCGCAAGUCUGUUGAACUCAGCGACGGACUUAUCUACAGUGAGCCAUGGGCUUGGAUGCAGCCACCGCGCCAUGCCUACGCUGCGCUAAUGCUGGAGCAAGGACAUGUCGAGGAAGCAGCGCAAGUAUAUAGCGCGGACCUUGGACUCGAUGGAUUGCUACCUCGUGCUCAUCAACAUCCAAACAACGUCUGGGCGCUUCAGGGCUAUCACGAAUGUUUGACACGCCUUGGCCGCAAGACAGAAGCCCGGCUCAUCGAGCCACAGGUAAAACUAGCCCUUGCGAUUGCAGAUGUUCCCGUCAAGUCAUCCUGUUUUUGCAGGCGGGACACGUCUAAUUGA